AUGGAAGUUUUCGGAGAGCACUACAAGAACUUGACUGCUAAAAUGAAGCAUGAAAACUGGACUGAACACAUUCCAUAUUACAAAGACGUAUCAGCGACACUUCGUAAGCACGAUUUGUCUAAAAAUAUCGUGAACAACUUAGACGAAGAAACUCUGUUGCUGGUUCUUGCGAGCACAGCUGUUGCGAUGCUGGUCUGUGUAUUUUUCUUUUUGUUAUGCUGGCUGUGUGGAAAAACUGGAAAAAAAUUGAACCAUGUGAUGCUUCUUGGUCCCGAAGAUUCAGGGAAAACAAGAUUGUUUUUGUGUCUGACCAAUAACUCGAAUCAUCAGCUGACAUGUACGUCGUUAACUGAAAAUUGUGCCAACGUUAAAUUAGGCAAAAAAGAUGUAACAUUGGUUGACGUUCCUGGAAAUGGUAGAAUCAUGUGGCCGAUUUUUGACAAGUUCAAGGGGUCUUGUGGACGUAUCUUAUUCCUAGUGGAUAGCUGUGCUGUUUUCAAGAAUCAGAGAGCCCAAACUGGCGAGUAUUUGUUCAGCAUUCUAACUGACCCGUUCAUUGCUAAGCUGAAACCCAUCAUCAAUAUUGUAUGCACAAAACAAGAUGCACCGAUGGCGAAAAGCACAACCCUAGUUAAACAAGUCUUGGAAGCCGAGUUGACGACUCUGAAGAAGACAUCACGAGCUACGUUAGGGGAUAUUGCCGAUUCACGCGAUUCCUCGGGACGCAGUAAGCGAGCGGCAGUUUUGGCGGAGGGAAAACAUGGCAACGUAGAUUUAUCUCUCAUGCCGUACAAAGUGCAGUUUGUAGAAAGUUCAAUUAGCAAAUCUGAUCCAAAUUCGCUAGAUUUUGACAUGAGUUUGUUUAAGUGA